AUGGAGUAUGAUCAGGGUAGGGGAGCUGGCAACGCGCCCCUCUCGGCGAAUGCAGCAAAUUCAUCAGACGGGAGCACAUUAACGCAGGCACUGCGUGUGUUGGCGCAGCAUAGUCGCGUGUUCGCUACAGCGCAGUAUGUGUAUGUGCGCCGUCGUGUGACGGCCAUCGGCAAAUUAAUUCACAUUACCGUGCGCUCACUGUACUUUCCUGACGAGUUCUCCUUCUACCUUGACACUGUCGUGCGAUUCCUGUUCAGCGUGUAUUACAUACCUUUCCUGGCAAUGGUCGUCGCGCUGACGCAUGCGGCGAUCGAGCGGAUCGUCUGGGUGCUCGUGAUCCCGGUGACGCAGGAGAUGGAGCGGCGCCCGUUUAGCACCUCGCGCGUGUCGACACUCGUGUACGGGCUCGGCUCUAUCGCAUCCCGCAUGACGCCGUUUGCCACGCUGGCGGUCGCCGUCGCCACUGUGGGGCACAAGGUCAUGAAUUGUGUGGCGGAGGCGAUGGUAGACGCCUACACGACGCAGCGCGGCAUGGACUAUCCUCUCCUCCGCGCUCGUCUGCGUUUCACCGUGAAGAAAAAGUCGCGCCUGGUCAUCUGCGGAGUCAUCUCUGCAAAUCUGGGCGUCGUGCUGGCGCUUCUGUGCCACACAAACGCCUUUGUGGAGUGGUCUGGCCGAGAGCCGUGGGUCACUGCGGCGGUGUGGACGGUGUUUGCGAUACAGACCUGCUUUGUGUUGACGACGGUGCUGCGGGAGGCGCCGCUGGAGAAUAGAAGGCUUGACCGCAGUAGCGUCCUUCGACUCAUUGGCCGGCGACGGUGCCAGGUGCAGACACAGCUCCGCAACGAUGUCGAGGUGCUCCCAGGGGCGUGCCCACCACCGUUUCCGCAGCCGCUAGAGAACACUUUCUCGUCCUCCAGCAGCAGCAUUUCACUGGCGUCCCUGCAGCUGGCGCGCUGGGGCGGUGGCGGUGAGGCGACCGCAGCUAGAGGAAGUGGUGAUGUGUCGCCGCUCCGCUCUCUCUCUAGCAUCAAACCCCCCGCCGCAACGCAGGCGUCUGCGCCCACCACGGUGGAGAACGUGUGCAACCCCAUUGAUGCCUCAGCCUCGCAGGCAUUCGUCACGUACGUCGAGGACGACUGGUGGCGUCACCACAUCCACACCAUGCGCUACAUUGGCUUCUUUAUGGUUAUUUUCUUCAUCAUCGGCUUUUCCGUGGCGCGUGGCCCAGUGUUUGGACUCACGUCGGGUGUGAUGAUCUUGACCUGCCUCAACGCGCCGCACCUGUUUGGGUGUAUGGCCCUGUCUAUGUCGGUCGCCGUGACGUGCAUUCUGCGCUCCUACGCGUGGCUGCUGCGGCAUCCUGAUGCGUUGCUGCCCAUUCUCAUCAUAGCGACUCCUUACCAGCUCCUGCUGAUCAGUGCGUUUCUCUAUUUCCGCCAGCACCCACUGCUCUGCUUGAUGUUGGUGUGGGUAAACAUGCUGCUGUCUGCGCGCGCCAUCGACCUGGCGCGGGAGUUCGACGUGACGGUGAAUGGGUCGGUCCUGUGGAAGUAUGCCGACUCUGGGGUGCCGCUCCCGCCGGCGCUAGCGAGCGUUCUCGAGGACGUACACGAGAAGCAGUACCACUGCCCCGACGUGAUGAGCCUAGACAUGCUGAUUGACAUUCACCGCAUGAAGAUUUUGUACGCUGGCGGGGCCGAGGUGCGCCUCAAGCGGCAGGUCGUGAUUCCGCCGGGGGCACUGCGGCACUACGUGUUUGAUUACCACUUCUAUGCGUACACCCUGCCGCGUCUUCUGUCGCUGCAGAGCCCAGGGUACUUUAGCGGGUCGAAGUUCCGCGCAAUGCAGGUGGUACUGCGCCUCAUCUCGAUGACGCUGCUGCUGCUCUACGCGCUGCUCAUGUCAGGGCUCCUUGUGCAGGCGGCGUUCCCGCAGCUGCGUCCACUCCCGGUGCGGGUGACAGCGGCGGCAGACAACAGCUACCUCACCUUUGAUCACAUUGUGGUGCGCCUGCACCUGCUCUCGAAAAACGCGUCUCGAGGGGCGGCGGAGGUAAACACGUCAAACAUGACGCUGGAGGGGUAUCUCUCCGGCGUCCCGGUGGCGGCGUCGAGCGCGUUCAUGUGGCACAACAUCACGUCGGCCGAGAACGAGGACUUUUACCCGCAGCUGUGCACGCGGCAGUACGGUGAGACAUCUGUGUGGGAGCUCGCCCUCCUCGCUCUGGCGCCGUACCUCUUCAACAUGGAGGAGUUCAACACAAUGCUGCGCUUCCUGAACGUGCACAUGGGCUCCGACUGGGUCAUUCAGCCGCGUCACGGCGCGUCGUGCGUGCCUGGUGACUCAAAUCACCAGCCGACGGGGUGGAGCGACUUUUACGAGGUGUACAGCGAAAAGCGCGACACCUCCGUCAUCGCGGUGCGCGGCACUGACAUGUUCUCCUUCACCGACUUCCUCUUCAACACGAACGUCUUCUUCGAGGUGGUGCUGUACCAGCUCAUAACGACCCUGAUUCCGGGAACGGUGGUGGUUCCGAAGGAACUCAUUGUCGACCUGCUGCGCACCGCCUCGCUGCCGGCGGACUCGUAUGGCGAUGUGUACGAGACAUGGACAGAGCUGACAAGGAGCGGCAACCACAGUCUGCGGAGGUGUCAGCAGAAUAACUUCCGGAGAGACUUCUUCGCCGACCUGUAUAACCAUAUUGCCUACGUGGGCUCGCGGCCUACGCACCCGCGGCACCUCCUGCUCACCGGACACUCCCUCGGUGGCGCGGUGGCGGCUAUUGUGGCGGCUCAGAUGCGGGUGAAGGCGGUGGCGUUCAGCGCUCCCGGCAUCGCUCUGGCGCGCAAAAAGUUUAACCUACCGCUGCGGUCGAUCAACGAGAACAUCAUGACCGUCGUGUCCUCGAACGACAUUGUGCCGGCGGUGGGGGAGCACGGCGGGGAGCUGCACCACGUAGAGUGCCUGGCCGCCACGCGCGAGCUGUGCCAUGCGAUGGAGUUCAUGAUCGGAUCCCUCUGGCGCUCCUGCAGCUCUGUGCGGUCUCGCUUUCCCUCCAUUAAAGAUGUGGUAUAG